UAGGACAUUGUCAUCACCCCCAAAAGAACCCAAGACAACUAUCACUGCCCUGUGUCCCCAUCCCCAGCCCUAAGCAACUACUCAUCUGCUUUGUGUUUUUAUCUCCCUGUUCUCAUUUUAUUUUUUUUAAACAACAGCAAUGGGUGAGGGUGACUGGAGGUGAAGAAAUGUUGGCAAGUAUUGGGGCAGGGGUCCUUCCCUCUUUGCCUUUCCACUGCCCUGGGCACAUGAACUGAAUGUUCACAUAAGCCAGUGCAGAGCAUAAUAGAAAAGUGGGUCUUUCAGAAGAGUCCUUAGCAGCCUUAGAACUUGAGGCAGUUGCUGAUUCUGUGCCGAGGCACACUGUCCUAAAGAACGUAGCCAGGCCAAGGGAAGAAGCACAGGUUCCUAUGACCUGGCCCAGUAGGAGGUCCCAGCCUGAGCUGAGUGUGCCAUUGGUUUCCUUCUGCCUGUAUCAGGUCCCACCCUGCCCUCCAUUGGCCCUUGUCUGCUGUGUGCCCAGACAUCUGGAGCAGGACUGGAGAGGGCAGGCGUGCACUUGCUCAAAUUAGGGGCUUAUCCCAGAGGUUCCCCAUGCCUAUCAGCAGUUACCCUCCAUCCUCUUCAGCCCCUGGCACCCACAAAUCCACUGUUCUGGACAUUUCACAUAAAUGAAAUCACACAGUGUGGCCUUUUGUGUCUGACUUCUUUCACUGAGCAUGAUGUCUUCAGGGUUCAUCCAUAUUGUAGAGAGUGUCAGUGUUUCCCUCCUUUUUGUGGCUGAGUAAUAUUCCAUUGUGUGUGGAUGGGGUCAUGUUGUUUAUCUGUUCAUUAGCUAGUGGACAUCUGGGUUGUUUCCACUCAGUGCCUAUUGUGAAUCCUGCUGCUGUGAAUAUUUGGGUUAAGUUUUUUCGUGGACAUAUGUUUUCAGUUCUUGGGGAGAUACCUGGGGGUGGAAUUGCUGUUUGAUCCUUUGAAGAGCUGCCAGACUAUUUCCAAAGUGGCCGCACAAGUUUAUAUGGCAGUACUGUUACUGCAUGCUGGGUCCUGUGCUGGUCUUGUCCAGCAUGGUUGUGUUCACUGGGCUGUGCAACGGCCCUAUGGGUGGGUGGUGGUGUAUCCUAGGAGCUGAGCAGGAUGCAAACUGUCACAGCCAGGCCCUCAGAGCUCUUGCUUUCCAGCUUUCCCAACAGGUCAUGCCUGAACAGUUGUUUGGUGUCCUGGCCCCAAAUCUUAACAUGAGAUUUUACUGCCCUGCCCCCUGGAGAUUCUAGUCCCCAGUGCUAUAACCACUAGAAGGAAACUGCUAUUAGGACAGGUCCCUCAAAUACCUGUUAUCAUUGGGAUUUUUCUUAAGAACAUGGCCUGUUUCUGUUUCUGGAAUGCUCUGAAAAUGGCAGCCAGGCUCCCAGGGCUAGACCCUAUCCCUCUGUAAUCCAGGCAUUCAUCCCUGCUGUCAGCCUUCGCAUCUGCUGUGGGCCUGGAGUUGGGGGUGUGGGGUGGCCCCGAGCGUCCUGUGGCCACUGACUCCUCUCUGGCCGCAGCCCAAGUGGGAAGAAGUUCCGCAGCAAGCCGCAGCUGGCACGUUACCUGGGCGGCUCCAUGGACCUGGGGGCCUUCGACUUCCGGACAGGCAAGAUGCUGAUGAGCAAGAUGAACAAGAGCCGGCAACGGGUGCGCUAUGACUCCUCCAACCAAGUCAAGGGCAAACCUGACCUGAACACAGCCCUCCCUGUCAGGCAGACAGCAUCCAUCUUCAAGCAGCCAGUGACCAAGAUCACCAACCACCCCAGCAACAAGGUGAAGAGUGACCCCCAGAAGGCUGUGGAGCAGCCCCGGCAGCUCUUCUGGGAGAAGAAGCUGAGUGGCUUAAACGCCUUUGAUAUCGCUGAGGAGCUUGUGAAGACCAUGGACCUCCCCAAGGGCCUGCAAGGAGUGGGACCUGGCUGCACAGACGAGACCUUGCUGUCAGCCAUCGCCAGUGCCCUGCACACCAGCACCAUGCCCAUCACUGGGCAGCUCUCAGCUGCCGUAGAGAAGAACCCUGGGGUAUGGCUCAACACUGCCCAGCCCCUCUGCAAGGCCUUCAUGGUGACUGACGAGGACAUCAGGAAGCAGGAGGAGCUGGUGCAGCAGGUCCGCAAGCGGCUGGAAGAGGCACUGAUGGCUGACAUGCUGGCCCACGUGGAGGAGCUGGCCCGGGAUGGUGAAGCGCCGCUGGACAAGCCAGGCUUGGAAGAGGAGGUAGAGGAUGAAGAGGAGGAGGAGGAGGAGCCUGACCAAGACCAGGAAAUGGAGCAUGUGUAGAGCAGGUGUAGGUGGACCCCAGGCCACAGCAUGCGCUUGGGUAGUGACCACAGGGAGAGAGACUGUCCAAGAGUCCUUGGGACCUGUUACACGCUGGGUGUCGGCUGUGCUGGGAGAGCACCUGUCUCCCUGGAGGAACCUAGGGUGGCCUGGCCCUCUCUAUCUUUCCAGAGACCCUGCCCGAGCCCUGCCUGUGUGGGGCACCUACAGACUCAGUCCUUGCCUUGAUGGGACCAGGCUGGGGGGGAAGGUGGCACCUCCUCCCCAGGUAUUUCCACUCCCGCAGGCCACUUGAACACCUGGGGAUCAUGGCUGGAGGAUGGUCCCCUGCCCGGUUAGCCCCCACGUUUGCUCUCCUUUGAAGGGCCAGGCUUCUGGAAGUGCUGGUCGCUCCUGGGCCCUGCCUGCAGGGGGCUGCCUCUCUGGGUCAUGGCUCCUGGAUGCAGCUGGGCCUCAGGACUCAUUGUCAACGUCCUGAGCUUCUCAGAGAAAGGUUCUUGAAACAAUCUUGCCUCCCGAGCUUGAGUGUGAGGGACAAUCCUCUGGGCCACCCUCUCAGCCCUCCUGGAAGGGCUUUGCAGGGUGGUUCCCCGAGUGCCCACCCUGCUGGGCAAAGCCGUGACACUCGGAGCGUGUCUGAAAGAAAGCGGCACAACCCAGACAUUUUCCUUCAAUAAAUCGGUGGUACAAACUAGGCUGGACGUCCUGUAACUGCUUUACCUUUUGUGCUUGCUGCAUGUGGAUGCGAAAUCUGGACUUCACAUCUGAAAACCUCUUUGUGGCCUGGCAGGCCCUGCCUAAGGGUCAGCCACCAGCAACUAAGGAGGACUGCUCACAGCCUGGAGCACAGUAGGGCUGACCUAUGUGCCUCAGUUUCCCCUUGUAUAACAGGUACAGUUAACACCUAGUAUUCUGGGCCAUGGGUUCUCAUGUGGCCUGGCUGGAGCUGCCACUGGGGCCCAGGCUCCUGUGUGUUCCAUCCAGAGGUGCAUUUCAUGGCCAAGCAUUUCCAAGUGCCACACCCAGAAUAGUGGCCUCCAGGGAGCAUUGGGGGUAGAGAUCAUCAGAAUACUAUUAUUUCACCCAUCCUCUGCAGCCCUAGUGCUUUGGGAGAGGGCUGCCACCUUGUGCCCACUCUGCCCUGACUAGCAACCUGUGACUGUGGGCAUGAAGGUCAGGGGUGAGGGGUGACAUGGGAGCCCCUCAGAGCUGUGGUGGGUUUUUGCCAGCUUGAUCUUCCAAGGAUGCUGGUGCAAACUGACCACAUCCUUCCAAGUCAAGUUGAAGCACAAAUCCUGAGAACCAUGAAGGCUGCCUAAGAGUGGUGUGCCCUGCCCUGUAUAGGCCCAUGUCACCUGGGAAGGAAGGCCCCUCCCAAGGAGGGCAGGAGUACUGGCCCCUCUGAGGGCCCUGGGCCAUGAGUCCUGUCGUCCCUCAGGUUUGGGUGGAGGGGCUGCAGGAAGGCUGCUGUGGGUGAUGGACAACUGAAUAAAGCCAUCUUGGGCAA